GGUGCCAUUGACGCUACUACGCUCCGCUUCGCUUCGUCCCGUUUUCGUACGACGAUCAGUCGGGUACUCGUGUCGCGCCACCAACGACCCGGACACGUUAGCCUGAAGAACAUCCGCUUACCGGUCGAGAUGACGGUCCUGCUCGUGCUGAUCCUGGCAGGCCUGUCGGCCGCAGGACCAUCUCACCGGAAGCCGAUCCACGAGCUGUUGCCGCCACCGCCGCCGUGGCAGCCGGCCCUGAACGAGGCGGACGUCGAGUUAAUCGAGGUGACGCCGUUUCAAAGGGGCAACGUCGAGAGUCCGCCGACGAUCGACAACUCUUUACCCCUCACCCACGAGGAAUACGGCUCGAGGAGAUACCCGCUGCGCGACGCGGUCGAGGCUCUGCCUUCCAACGCGCCGCGUCCUCAGGGGCCCAGCAGCCUUCCGCUCCAGCAAAUGAAACAGUCCGACGGGAGGGUGCCCUUAAGGGACGCCGUGGAGCAUCGCGAGGUUCCCUUUCUCGGAAGCAUCGAUCACGAGUCGAUUUGGAUCGAGCCUCUCGUGCCGCCGUCCCUGACGAGGACACAGCGAAUCGUUGACCCGAAAGUGAUCUGCCAUUUAGAUUCCAGCGCUGUCCACAGAACGGAACCGUUCUCCUUGUUUCCGCAGUCUGUCCCGGAUCACAAGUGUUCCCAUUUGGUGUACACUGCGGCCACCAUAGACCCCGAGAAGCUGGUGGUGGUGUCGAGAGACCCCGAGUACGACGAGAUCAAAGGUGGAUACAAAGCUGUAACGGGACAUCGGACGCGGGACCCGGCGCUGCGAGUCCUCGUUUCGAUAGCACCGGCAAACAGAGGAAAACUGUUCGCCGAGGUGGUGAAGGGCAACUGCGCGCUGCACUGCGAGAGGCUCGCCAAAUCCAUUCUGCGGUUCCUCGAGAACCACGGCUUCGACGGUGUGGAGAUCGACUGGGAAAGCUCCUCGGAGAAUGCGAACGGUCUCAAGUCGCUUCUGAGAGCUCUCAGAAACACCCUUGCCGCCCACCGGUACAUCCUAGCGGUGGCGCAGAGGCCGGCGGAUCCGGUGGACCCGGAGAUCGUCUCUGCCGUCGAUCUGCUUCUUUUCAGAGCUUGGCGGGACAGUCCACUGCACCGCAGGGAGAAAUUGGCCCUUCAUCCGGCCCCGUUGAAUUACGUGUUCCGUGUGACGAACAAAUGGCUCGAUCGUAUACCGCGCGAUCAGAAAUCCAAGGUGAUCCUGGGCCUGCCCGCGUUCGGGCAAGGGUACACCCUUCAAUUCGGGAACCUGACCGACGCCGGCGCACCGAUCGUCGGCCCCGGGAACGAGGAUAUCUAUACCAAGCAGUCGAACGGAAGACUCGCCUAUUACGAAGUCUGCGAGAAAUUGGAGAACGAGCAAUGGAUCUCCGGAAGGGACGAGGAAGGACCUUACAUAAAGCGUGGAGAUCAGUGGGUAGGCUACGAGGAUUCUCUGGCGGUCAAGAUUAAAGUUGCUUACGCGCGAUCGGCUGGGCUCGGCGGAGUUUCCGUGUGCUCCCUGGAUCUCGACGAUUUCCAGGGUAUAUGCGGAGGAUCGUGGCCCAUUCUGAACGCUGCCACCGAAUCUAUAGGGUUUUACGACCAGACACAGCUGAACAAGUGUUCCGUCGACGGCCUCUCCGGCGACCCCGACAACUGUUCCGGAUUCUAUUCUUGUCACGAUGGUAUGAAAUACCACGGCACUUGUGGAUACGGGAGAUUCUUCGACGCCAAGGAGGGUCGAUGCGCGAAAGCGACUUCAGUGGUCUGUACACCUGGCCAGAACCAUCGGAUUCGGGACAAGGAUUCCGAAACGGACUCGCCGGUUCAGGAAACAGGGCCGCAGCAUUUCGAGAUAUCGAGCAACAAAGGGCCGCGAGUAGUCUGCUACGUAACCUCUUGGUCCCUGUACCGCAAAGGGGAAGGAACGUUCGUUCCGGAGCGCAUAGACCCGCGUCUCUGCACCGAAGUGAUCUACGCUUUUGCCGGACUGAAUCCGGACACUCUGAUGAUUCAGACGUUCGAUCCUUGGGCGGACAUAGAACACAAUCUCUACGAACGACUGACGAAGAUCGACGGACCGAAAAUACUGCUGGCAAUCGGCGGGUGGACGGACAGCGCUGGCGACAAAUAUUCCCGGCUGAUAAGCAGCGCGGCCGGUCGCCGCAAGUUCGUCGUCGCGGCGGUGAACUUUCUGCGCAAACACAAGUUCGACGGCCUCUCGUUCGAGUGGAACUACCCGAAGUGCUGGCAGAGCGACUGCAGGAAAGGGCCGGACACCGACAAGCCGAAUUUCACCAAGCUCGUUCGCGAGCUGAAGCACGAGUUCGAGCAGCAGCAGCCCAGACUCGCGUUGGCCGUUGCUCUGUCCGGGUACAAGGAGGUGAUCGACAGGGCGUACGAGGUGCGGGAGAUCUCCGACGCCGUGGACUUCGUCACGGUGAUGACCUACGACUAUCACGGCGCUUGGGAGUCGAAGACGGGACACUUGUCCCCCCUGUUCGGCAGCCCCGUCGACAGCAAUCCUUUCUACAAUGUCAAUUCCACGAUGGAGUAUCUGGUCCAGCGAGGCGCGAAGAAGUCGAACCUUCUGAUGGGCAUACCGUUCUACGGUCAAGUUUAUCGGCUGUCCAGCGAGGAAUUAACCGGUCUGGGCGAACCCGCCACGGGACCCGGAGCCUCCGGAGAAUUCACCAGGCAGCCCGGUAUACUGGCGUACUACGAGAUCUGCGACAGACUGAAGAACAAGGGAUGGAAACACGGGCCGGGGCCCAGCGCCUAUCACAAGGACCAGUGGGUCGGCUACGAGGACCAAGAGAGCGUGUUCGCCAAGGGACAGCACAUCCUGCAGAGCGGCUACGGCGGCGCCAGCCUCUGGACCAUCGACUUGGACGACUUCUCGAACCGUUGCUGCGUCGAAUCGUUCCACCUGUUGAGAACCAUCAAUCGGGCGUUGGGACGUCUCAAGGGUAAACCUACGGAGGACUGCCGACGACCGAUCGAGCCGACCACGCCGCACCCUCCGACCCUGACCACUCACAGCGACGCCGUGGAAGAGACUCCGCGACCGACGACGCCGAUGAACAAGCCGAGCUGGCCCGCUUGGUCGCCGGAGACGACCUCGACUACCCAACGAACCACCUGGCCGAGCUGGUCCUCCAAACCCAGCGCAACUACUCAAGGUACCACCUGGCCAUCCUGGACUCCGAAACCGAGCAAACCACCGGACUCCACCACUCAGAGCGGUACAGCUUCGCAGAACGCGUCUUGGACGUGGACCACCAGCAAAGCAACCAGCGAACAGACGCCAGUGGAAGUCACGGAGGGCACGGAGUCACCGUGGGAGGUGUCCAAGCCUGAAACACCGUGCAACACCGGAGAAUACACCGCGGAUCCCGUCAACUGCGACAGCUACUUUAGAUGCGUGCUCGGGGAGUUGCGACGCGAACAAUGCGCUCCCGGGCUGCACUGGGACGCCGGCCGAGGAAUCUGCGACUGGCCGGCGGCGGCGAAAUGUCAAACGAAUAAUACCGCCUCUUCGACUUCAAAGUCGCCAUGGAUCACCACGUCGAGGAGCACCACGUCGAGGAGCACCACCGAAUUUUCAUCUUGGUCCACUUCGAGGAGCACCACCCAGCGAACCACCACGCGAGAACCAAUCGUCACGGAGAGUUCGACCGAAAUCCCCGAGAAGAGCUGCGAGCACGGCCGGUAUUACGCGUAUCCGAAUUCCUGCACGAAUUUCCUGGUCUGCGUGAACGGGAACCUCGUGACGCAACAGUGCGGUCCAGGCUUGAACUGGAACAACGAGAGGAGUAUGUGCGACUGGGCGUUCAAGAAUCCUUGCAUCGAGAAACCGACAAAGAGCGCCGCGUUGAUCUCCGGUGGCGCUAAAUCGACCCCGUGCAUUCCGGGCAGCUACACCAGUGUACCGGGGGACUGCGAAAGCUACCAGGCUUGCCUGUGGGGUCGCCACGAAGUCUUUCAUUGCGCUCCGGGUCUGCACUUCAACAAGAAUACUCGGAUAUGCGACUGGCCUGCUCGAGCCAACUGUCGGAUCGACGAGUCCGGGGAAGAACCCGACCAGGAACCCGGUAACAGGCCGGACGACGCGUCCAGCUCCGCGAGUACGGUGAAACCUUGGGAACCUAGCACCUCCACGACCACUCUGUCCCCUGCAACGGUGGACCCUGAGAAAAUCUCGCCGCUCUCCGGAUACUACAAACUCGUCUGCUACUUCACGAACUGGGCCUGGUACAGGAGAGGCAUCGGCCGCUACGUCCCCGAAAACAUCGACCACACGCUCUGCACGCACAUCGUCUACGGAUUCGCCGUACUCGACUACUCGGAGCUCACUAUCAAAGCCCACGAUUCAUGGGCCGACUACGAUAACAAUUUCUACGAGCGCGUGGUCGCUUACAAGAAACGAGGGCUGAAGGUGCUGCUCGCGCUAGGCGGAUGGAACGAUUCCGCCGGCGACAAGUACAGCCGUCUGGUGAACAGUCCAGCCGCCAGGAAGAAGUUCAUCGCCCACGCUAUCCGGUUCCUCGAUAAGUACGACUUCGACGGGCUAGACUUGGACUGGGAGUAUCCGGUUUGCUGGCAAGUCGACUGCAAGAAGGGUCCAGCCUCCGAUAAGCAGGGAUUCGCGGACUUGCUGGAGGAACUGAGCAACGAGCUGAAGCCGAAAGGGCUGCUGCUCUCCGCCGCCGUUUCGCCGAGCAAGAAGGUGAUCGACGAAGGCUACGACGUGCCGGCGCUGGCCAAGUACUUGGACUGGAUCGCCGUGAUGACCUACGAUUUCCACGGUCAAUGGGACAAGAAAACCGGCCACGUGGCACCGCUUUACUAUCACCCGCAGGACGAUUACUACUACUUCAACGCGAAUUACUCGAUCAACUAUUGGAUUUCGAAGGGCGCGCCUCGUCGUAACAUCGUCAUGGGAAUACCGCUGUACGGGCAGACGUUCUCCAUCAACGAUCUCACCACGGGGACGGGACUGAACGUUCCCGCGAGCGCCGGCCAGGCGGGAGAAUUCACCAAAGCGGCCGGCUUCUUGUCGUACUACGAGAUCUGCGACAGAGUACGAAAUCGCGGGUGGGCCGUUGUCCAAGACGCGGAGCACAGAAUGGGCCCGUACGCUUACAAGGGCAGCCAAUGGGUCGGCUUCGACGACGCGGAGAUGAUCCGACGAAAGGCGCAGUUCAUCAGGGACAUGGGUCUAGGCGGUGGGAUGGUUUGGGCCCUGGAUCUCGACGAUUUUCGAGGCCGCUGCGGUCAAGGACAGCAUCCGCUGAUGCACUCUCUUCAGAGAAUGUUGGCCGACGCUCCCCAGGAGGAAGAACCGGAGAGACCUCCGAUAAACGAAGCAGACUUGGACCCCAGGCCAACGUCGACGCCGUCCACUACCACUGCGGCCGUCGCAGUCCCGUCGUCGUCCUCGUCGACGUCGAGGGAUCACCUGUCGGACGAUCGGUUCAAAGUGAUCUGUUACUUCACGAAUUGGGCGUGGUACCGACAAGAAGGUGGGAAAUUCCUGCCGGAAGACGUGGACACGGAUCUGUGCACCCACGUUCUUUACGGUUUCGCUGUUCUCGACGGGUCGCAACUAAUAAUCAAGUCGCACGACCCGUGGGCCGACAUAGACAACAAGUUCUACGAGAGGGUGGUAGCGUUGAAGGCGAAAGGGGUGAAGGUGUUGGUCGCCAUCGGUGGCUGGAACGACUCGGCGGGCGACAAGUACAGUCGUCUGGUGAAUUCGCCGUCCGCCAGGCGUCGAUUCGUAGAGAACGUUCUAGCGUUCAUCGAUAAGUACGAGUUCGACGGGUUGGACUUGGAUUGGGAGUAUCCCGUGUGCUGGCAGGUGGACUGCAGAAAGGGACCAGCUUCGGACAAGGAGGGGUUCGCCAGUUUGGUCAGAGAGCUGAGCGAAGCGUUCCGGCCGAAAGGGUUGCUGUUGUCCGCGGCAGUUUCGCCGAGCAAGCGCGUCAUCGACGAGGGCUACGACGUGCCCACCUUGGCGAAGUACAUGGAUUGGAUAUCCGUGAUGACGUACGAUUAUCACGGUCAAUGGGACAAGAAAACUGGUCACGUGGCACCUCUGUACCAACUGCCCAACGAUUGGGAGCCGUCCUUUAACGCGAACUUUUCGAUUCACUACUGGAUGGAGAAAGGCGCUCCACCGGAGAAACUGAUUAUGGGCGCUCCUCUGUACGGUCAAUCGUUCUCCCUGGCCGAGAGAAGUCACAGAGGCUUGAACGCUCCGACUUACGGCGGCGGCGAGGCUGGCGAGGCGACGAGAGCCAGGGGUUUCUUGUCCUAUUACGAGAUUUGCGAGAGGACCCUGACGAAGGGCUGGACCGUGGUCCAGGACAAGGAGAGGCGAAUCGGUCCGUACGCGUACAAGGGCGAUCAGUGGGUCAGUUUCGACGACGCGAGGCAGAUCAAGCUGAAAUCGGAGUUGAUACGAGACCUGGGCCUAGCCGGCGGUAUGGUAUGGGCUCUCGACUUGGACGACUUUAAGAACAGAUGCGGCUGCGAGCCGAGCCCCCUUCUCCGGACAAUGAACCGAGUGCUCAGAGACUAUCCGAAAGGGCCGCUGUGUCCGGUCACCACUGACCCGACGACGAUCGACGCGGGUGAAUCGGUCGAGGAGUCAACGACUGCUAGCCAGCCAACCUGGGGAUGGGAACCCGCGUCGACAUCGACAACGACGACGACGACGACGACGACGAUGAGAACGACAACCCUCUCCACCGAGGACGUCGACGACGCCGUGGAAAUAGAAGUGGACGAACGACCGGCGAUUUCACCGCCCGAGGACUGCCAUGGCCGAUUGUUCAUCCCGCAUAGCAAAGAUUGCAGCAAGUACUACUUGUGUAAUUUCGGCAGACUGACCGAGCACUCGUGCCCUUCCGGCCUCUACUGGAACGAGGAUCGCUGCGACUGGCCAGAGAACACCAAGUGCGCGGACACCCAGCGGCAGAGAAACGAGUUUCUGACCUUGAGGAAAACCCAGAAGGACGAGAAGAAGGUGGUCUGUUACCUGAUGAGAUGGGCUCUCAAGCGAACGGGAAGGGGAGAGUUCUCGCCGGAGGACAUCGAACCCGGUUUAUGCACGCACGUCGUUUACGGCCUGUUCUCGCUCCACCCGGAACGGUUGACGAUACAGAACGUCCAGGGCAGCCUGCAGAAGAAGUUUCUCGACAGACUGAUGAACAUGAAGAAAACAACCGGGCUGCAGGUUCUGCUAGGCUUGGGAGGCUGGAGCGAAUCCAAGGACGGGAAGUACAGCUCACUGGCGCACAGCUCGACGGAGCGAGAGAAGUUCGCGCGACACGCGGCCCGGUACCUGGAGGCGAACGGAUUCGACGGCCUCAAUCUUGUCUGGGAGUACCCUUUGUGCUGGCAGGUCGACUGCAGUCGCGGUCCGUCCAGCGAUCGCAAAGAUUUCACUCUGUUGCUGAAGGAAUUAAACGCGGCGUUCGAACCGAAAGGUUUGCUCCUCUCAGCGGCCGUUUCCGCGGGUAAACAGGUGAUCGACGUCGCCUACGACGCGCCAGCCUUGGUCGAGCACCUCGACUGGAUCGGCGUGAUGAGCUACGAUUACCACGGCCCCUGGGAGCCUAAAACCGGCCACACCGCGCCACUCUAUCGUGAUCCGGAGGAUCGAAUGCAUCAGGCGAACGUGAACUUUUCAAUCGCCUAUUGGAUCCAGCAGGGUGUACCGGCCAGCAAACUCGUGAUGGGCGUGCCGAGCUACGGUCAGAGUUACACGUUGGCCGAGAGCCCGGCAGCCGGCGAAGAGCAGCCGGGUCUGAACGCGGCGGCGUCUGGUCCCGGCCAGCCCGGCGAAUUCACCAAAUCGGCCGGUAUUCUUGCCUACUUUGAGAUAUGCGAGGACACGAUGAACAGGGGAUGGUCCGCGGUUAAGGACCCGACGGGGUUCGCAGGCCCGUACGCGACGAAGGGGAACCAAUGGGUCAGUUACGACGACGCGUCCAUCGUGCUGCGAAAGGCCGAGCUGGCCAACGAACUGCACCUGGGUGGAGUGAUGCUGUGGUCAUUGGACAUGGACGACUUCGGCAACAAGUGCGGCUGCGGCAGAUACCCUUUGCUGACGGCGUUGAGCCUGAAGGUCGGAGGAAAGCGGCAGCCCAAAAUCAACUGCACUUGAUGCCGCUAUCCGCCGUAACAGAUACGCACCGGUACUCGACGGAUCAUCGCUGAGCGCUCGUUGACAUUGCGUUCCACUUUCACGGAUCUCGACAAACUCGGAAAGUCGGAAGACUCUCCCAUAAGCUCGACGACUAAAACUCACCGUAACAUUUUCGAAAGCCCGCUUGGCAAUUACUCGGCGGGUCUACUCGGGUUGAUCGCGUAGCGACAAUCGAUCGGCCACCGAUGAUCCUGCAGGUUCAAGCUUAUGUAAAAAUAAACGUAGAAAGGACUCGCGAGAUUCGGAGAAGUUUCGACGGCCGACUUCGAGUUUGAUAAAGUGCCGAGAAAACGUCGGAGCACGGCAACAGGUUAAAGGUGACAUUCUUAUUGGAGUCGAACGCUUAAGGAUACGCAAUCGAUCGACAGUCGAGACACGCCGCGCUUGGACCUGCAAACGAGCAAAUUUAUUCCGAUGAGUUUUAUUCUUUCUUUCAUGCAAACGAGCUUGCCGGUGGUAUGGCGCAUCGCUGAAUCGCGAGAUAAAAUAUUGUACAAUUGUUCGAUUCAUCGCGAUGCAGUUGCCAAUUACGUGAAUGGUAUGCCUCAAGUUCAUUUGGAUGAAAAAUCCAUUAUCUGCUAGAAAAGUAGAUAGCACGCGCGCGGAUGCGCGUCGAUACACACGAUGGUAAACAUAUCUAUUCGUGAACGGCCGCAGUGUCCGAAGUAAAAUAGUAAAAAUCCUCUUCCAAGUGACGCGCAUGCAUCCCCCUCUUAUCAUUUGCU